ACAAGGAUAAUAAUAGUAUUUGGGGAUGAUAGGCAUAGCGUUAUUUUUUAUAAGUUAUUAUGUAUCGCAGUGGUUUCUAAUCAGUGGUGUACAGCAUCAGUGGUAGUAGAUUACUAUUAUAUACUGGGGAGUGCUAAACCUGUAAGGGUCAUAUAGCUCCUGUAGGAAUGGAAAUCAAUUAGCUUCGAUCCAACGAAAAGGAAGGACAAGUCCAAUUCCCUAGAUCAGGAGCCCGUCACCAGCGUCAAGGAACCUCCCGUGAGGGGCCUGACUGCGGUAGUCACAUAUUACCCAUAUACCAUCAGUGACGAAUAUUUUAAUCCAUAAAAUAAACAGUAAACUGUUAGUGUAUAUGAACUCAGAUACAGUAUACACCUUUGGGUGUGUAUACUGUCAGAUUCCUGAAUAUUAAAAAAAUAACAAUCAAGCAGCAGUUCCAAUCUUUAGUACAGAAUUAAUGUUUAUGUGCAUUAAUGCUGUAAAAUACAUUUUGAUUACACUUCUUUAUGUUAAAUAAUGUUCUAAAUUUACACUUAGUAAAUUUAAAAUAUCUUAUAAAUAAUGUACUGCACAUUAUUGUAUCAGUACUGUACUCUUCAAAUUGCAAUGUUUUUGUCUUUCAAAAAAUCCUAUAUAUGCUGUAUCUACCCUAUUGCAAAUAUUUUGUUUAUUUUUCAUCAGUGGUAUAACUUCUAAAAGCUGGAAACCACUACUAUACUUAACCUAUUUAUGUAUUAUAUGUAUUAAAUUUAUGAGAGAAUUAAUACAUAUUCAGUCGUUAAAGAACUGCUUGUAUGAAUAUAAGAAAGCCAAAAACACAUUCUACAGAAUGAGUGCAGUACUGGUUGGUUGGGAUACUAGGUUUUUUAAAGCCUGUCAGUUGCACCUUUACCUUUGAUAUACCUUUAAUGAGUUCUGAGUUUUUCUACUCACGAAGACCCAUAGGAUGUAUACACCACUAGUCAAGAAUAUAUGUAUGUUCUGAUGAGUAUCACUCUUGAUGUGUAUAUGCUGAGACAAACAGUGCAUGUAUACAAGGAGAAGUGUAUGUCUUAGUAUAUAGAUUGAAUUUACUUUAAUCCUAUAUUGGAUAUUAAUUUAAAGUAUCCAUGACUUGUAGUGUACAGGUAACAUGCAGCUUAAUGACCAUUCGUGCAGUAGACAGGUUUGAAGCCUAAUGAACCAACCAUUUAGUAACCCAGCAAUUUCCAUUAUUUUUUUAAAUAAUCGAGAAUGUGAAACUGGCAUAAAUCUGUCUUACAUUUCAGCUACAUAUAGCUGUCUUUAUAUUUAUAAAAAACAUAUCUAUGAACAUUUAGUCUAAUAACGUCUUUAACUAUGACAUCGUUAGCUACAAAGCUUCAUUCUGUCUAUGCAUUUUUGUUUAUUUUUGGCAUUAAAAUAUCGAUUCGAGAUAAAAUUGUGCUAUGUGGCAACUUAAAAAUGUGAACGAUAGGCGAGAAGUGUGUAACGCGUUCAGUGUGUUAUCAGCCGCUGAGGGUGGAUGUCAUUAGCCGCUGAGGGUGGAUGUCAUCAGCCGCUGAGGGUGGAUGUCAUCAGCCGCUGAGAGUGGAUGUCAUCAGCCGCUGAGGGUGGAUGUCAUUAGCCGCUGAGGGUGGAUGUCAUCAGCCGCUGAGGGUGGAUGUCAUCAGCCGCUGAGAGUGGAGUGUUGUUUGGUGAUUGCGCUAUAUUGUUUUUCAGAGGAAAUGGCAGACGGGGGCCAGGAGAUAGAAGAAGUCUUGGUACCAGAACUGGUACUGCCUCAUGGCUUGACCGCAGACACCCUAGCUACAUUGAUGACAAGUAUACUGCUUCGCCAAGUCUAUUGUCAGGCUUGCCCUUGGGCUCAGUGGCUUCUUCUAGCAGCACUGGAAAUUCUACAUGGCCAUCCUGUUCCAAAGUUAGAUGCACAAACACUUAUCAUGUUGCAAAGAACAGAUAAUAGAGAAGGCCCAAAAAAGAACUCAAAUUCUACUAAUGGUUUGAAAGAAAAUUCUCCUGAGACUAGCUCUAUCAAAGAGCAUGCAUCAGAAGGGAAAAUGUUGGUUGGUGAAUAUAUAGAUCACAAAGAAAUGAAAAAGAACUCCAAAUAUAGAAAAAGACAAAAGGAUAAUUUAGAUAUCUCUAGUGAUCAGAUGUCAGACAGACAAUUGUGUGUAGGCAGUGAUAUUGAUGUACAGAGAACCCCAAUGAACAUUGGAAAAGACAUUGGUGUACAAACAGUCUCCAGCAUGACCAAGGACUCUAGUGUACAGACAAUCCCUAGUAUGGGCAAGGACUUUGGUAUACAGACAACCCCAAAGAUCAUGGGUAGAGCUGUUAACAAGUGGGUGCAGGUGAAGAAAUUUAGACAAAUUUCUCAAAGUAUUCAGACUGAGGAAUCAUUUUGUAGCAUUAAACAAUCUAUAAAAUCCACACAUGAUGAAGAAUCUCAAACCGAGAAUCUUGAAACAGUGAAAAACAUCUGUGAUAAAGAAACACAAACACUAAUUGAAAAAUCAGAAUCAAGGUCAAGAGAAAGAAAAAUGUCUUUUGAUUCUAAAUGGAGGUUGUCUCAUAUAUCUGAUUUACCUAAAAGAAGAUACUGCAGUGGUGUCUUGUCUGAAACCAAGAGAAAAAAUGUGCAAAGAGAGCAUUCAGGAAAAGAGAAAGGGCAUGCAUAUUUUUUUCAUUCUUCCAGGUCUCCGGAACAUUUGAGGGAUAAAAAUCAUGAACUAACAGUGAAUGGUGAUUCGGAUUUGAGCCUCCCAUAUUCAGUACAAGAGAGCCAUUUAAUCAGUGAUGCCAAAAAGAGUGAACUUGAUAUCCCAUUGUUUCAUGGUAGACCAUUAAUAGGAUGUAAGAGUGAAAAAAAUGCUGCUGACAUUCCUUUGGAUCCUGUGAAUGGAAUAGAAAGUUUAUUGCUUGAAGAUCCUCGUUAUACAGAGAACUGAUAUGCCUUCAUAACUUUCCUAUGGAGUAAAAUAUAAAUAUUUUAAUUUGUAUUCACUACAUGAAAAUAUUAUAACAACUUAUUAGAAACAAAUAAUGUAUUUUAAAAAUCCAGAUCCAGAUCUCCAGAUCUAUCCAGAUCCAGAUCCAGAUCUAUAUUUACAGCUUAGUUGUGAUAUUUGAACAGCCCAUAUUAUGUACAAUAUUAUGAGCAGAUACAAAAUAACUGGAAUAUUUUCAUGGAAUGAUCAUUACAAACAAGUGCUUUCAACACAGCACAGUUAGAACCUUUCAGUAUACAUACAGGUAAUGUGUAUUUGUCAUUAUUCACUUUUGUUUAUUUACCCUAGGUCCAUCUAAUUUAGAAAUAUUCCACAGUAUGUGUGUGUGUGUGGAGGCGAAUGCACAUAUUCGUUACCUUCUCUGUCCUAAUGAAUGUUUUUAAGUUGUGCAUGUGAAGGAAAUGUUGAGAUUAACUAUUAUGGUACUUAAAAAAAUAAUGAAAAAAUUUUGAUGGGACAUAUGACAUCUGUCCUUCAGUUUUGUUUCCUUUUUCACCUGUCCCUUCUUUGUCCUAUCACUCUUUCACUUUGUUACUUUUUUGUUCCUGGCUUUUGUGCAGGUACUUCAUGCCAGAAGUUCAUAAGCUCUGGUUCUCUGUGUAUCACUCUAGUCAGAUUCAGUAUAUUGGAAGUUCAUGAGUAGCACCUAGGUUCUGGCUCUAUAAUUGGAGUCAGGUGAUGUACAUUGGAAGUUUGUGUGUAGCCCCUAGAUUGAUAAAGGAUUGAGUAGAUUUACCAGGUUAGUAAGGAGAAGAGGCCAUAGUGUGCAUUAUAAGGAAUUAUUUAUAUUUUUUAUACUUUUACCUCACCAUGCAGUUUUUUUUUUUAACCAUUUUACUCUUCCACAUCUUUCAUUUCUUCCAUUGUAAUCUUCCACUUCAGUCUCUUACUUCCUCCUCCUGUCACUUUCUUUCUUCUCUUCAAUUUAACUUUACUCUUCUAGCUUCUCUUUCUUGUGGUAUAAAGAUACAAUAUACAAAACAAGUUUGUAUUGGAAUUGUUUUUCACUCAAUUUUCAUUAUUAUUUUAUAUUUUGUGAAACACUAAACCUAUGUUGAUUCAGAUCAUUCGUAUUCUAAUCAUGAAAUAGACAUGCCACUUUUGCAGUCAGUCAGGCUAAAGGAGAAAAUUUAUUGUCACUCACCCUUUCUCCUUCCAUCUCUUUUUUCCUCCACUCUCUUCCCUUUUCCUGUCUGUUUCCUUCUCCUAUUUCUUGCUUUGCCAUUCCUUCUCUUUCUCUUCCAUCUCCUCAUGACCCAUUCAGGCUCAGUGUUUCGUUUUGAAUACAUAUACAGUACCGCAAUAAUGUUAUAAUAAGAAUUUGCCUCCUGUCUAUUCUUCUAUUACCCUUUCCUGUAUCUUCCCUAGAGCUGUCUCUGCAAGUAAGACACAAUAUGCAGUUAUGGUAUUUUAUUGAGAUGUUUUGCCCACUAUGGAUGAUACAAUCCCUGGUGGAUGAAAUCUUUUCAUAAAUAAAAUGUUCUAACCCACGCAUUAUGUCUGAUUGACUGUAUAUUCUGCCUCUUUCAUACUCUUCUAUCUGUAUCUUUGCCCGUACAUCUUUUUUCUCCUCCUCUCCCUCUAAUGCUUCUCCAUCCAUGUUUCCCUUCGCUAUGUUCCCCCAUCUCUUAUCUCUUUUCCCUUAUCCUCCGUUUUGUUCUCUACUUUUUCUCUUCCCUCCAUUUCUUCCAUCUUGCUCUUUCAAAACUUAUCUUCUCCUUUUCUUCACUCCUGCUCCCCUUUUUUCUUAUUUAUCUUUUCCUUCCUUUUCCUCUAUUCUCUUUUCCUAACUCCAACUAUAGUGUAUCAUGAUCCCUCCUCUCUCUCUCUUUUUUUUUUUUUUUUUUUUUUUUACACAGGGUUUGACAAGGUUAAGGAUCCCUAGCUUUAUUGACAAGCUAUUUACAGGUUAAGGAUUCCUAACUUUAUUGGCAAGCUAAGAGCUGUUACCUACAUCAGCUCAUUUGAAAGCAUUUUUAUUGUUAUGAAACAUACAAGUAGGGAACAUGAUGAAGUUGGAGCCAUCUGUGGGCCAGCAUUUUCAUUUGAUCAACUGACUUUAUCUCGUUGACAUCAUUAUGCUGUACGAAUGUGUUCCAUACUCGAGUCAUCCUGGGUAUAUAGGAUCUCAGAUGGAGUGAAGUUCUGGAGAAGGGUACAGCCAGAGUGAAGUUGCUGCUUUCUGCCCGUCUUGUGGCAUAAAAGCUUGUUUCACGCUGUCCUCGAAGUGGAUCUCUCCCCUCUCUCUCUCCUCUCUCUCUCUCCUCUCUCUCUCUCCUCUCUCUCUCUCUCC